AGGCACAUUCUCCCUCUCAGCUUCAGUUUCCUCAUUUAUAAAGGCAGCUUCAAGGAUUAUAUGAGCUGAUGUAUGCAAAGCACCUACCACAGGGUCUGGCAUUGACCACAGGCUCAGGAAAUGUUAAGCGUUUGUGUUGUGAGCCUUUGCAAGUGAUGAAACUAUUCAACUCUGCCGCUGCAACGUGAAAGCAGCCAGAGACAAUAUGUGUACACCAAUUAGUGUGGUUGUGUCCCAAGAAAACUUUAUGAAAACGGAAUCUUGAAUUUCACACGGUUUUCAUGCAUCACAAAACAUUUUCCAACCACUUAAAAACGUAACCACCAUUCUUAGCUCACAAGCUGCACAAAACCACGUGGCAGGCUGGAUGUGACAGCUUGCAACCACUCACCUCUGCUAAUCAGAGAGUGACCUCCAGGCAGACUUGGGUCUGUUUAGAAUUUCUCAGUCCCCUGUCCCUGAAGGAUGGCUAUUUCCAAACCUGCUGGGGAAGGGUGAGGGGCCUGGGUUCGAGGGGUCUCAGUUCCCCUCUUGUGGCUUCAGUUUCCCUGUCUGUGCAGGCAGGGUGAGCUUUUGGCUCUUUGCAGCUGCAGCUUCUUAAGGUGGCUGAGACUGUGUCAUGGCGAACACCUGCUGGGUCUCUGGUUUUCAUUGUAAAACAACCUGUGUGCGGCUGGGCGUGGUGGCUCACGCCUGUAAUCCCAGCACUUUGGGAGGCCGAGGCAGGUGGAUCACCUGAGGUCGAGAGUUCAAGACCAGCCUGACCAACGUGGAGAAACCCCAUCUCUACUAAAAAUACAAAAUUAGCCAGGGUGGUGGCACAUGCCUGUAAUCCCAGAUACUCGGGAGGCUGAGGCAGAAGAAUAGCUUGAACCCAGGAGGCGGAGGUUGCGGUGAGCCGAGAUUGUGCCAUUGCACUCCAGCCUGGGCAAAAAGAACAAAACUCAAAAAAAAAAACAACCUUGUGCAAGGCAAGAUACGAGUAUCUUUCUAUGCAUAUCCUGAGCCCUUGCCUGGUGCAAAGCCGCAGGGCAGACCCUGGGAGACCCCCUAUUCCCUCCCUUCCGGAAGUGUCUGGGUAUUCUCAGGCCUCCCAGCCUUUGCCUCUGCUGUGCUCUCUGCCUGGGAUGCCCACCUGGCUUGUCAUCGCAAGUGCCACUUCUUGGAAGCUCCUCCUGUUAACUUCCCUCCUCCACCCAGGAUGGAAGGAGAGGCCCCUCCCUUGCUCACCGCAGGAUGGCACUCACUGCGCUGUGUCAUUGUGGCAUGAUGUUCCAUCGACUUGUUUACUCGCCGACCUCCCCAGUGGAUGGAGGGCUACCAGAGGGCCACAGCCCAGAAUUGCUGGCCUUUGGACCUCAGGGCAUGCAGUCUGGAGUGCCAGAGUUGGUCAAAUGAACAAAUUUAGGAUGAAGAAAUAAGAUAAGCAGGCCUUGCCCUUGUGGAAUCUGUAGUCCAGCUCCCUAGAGAGGCUGUUGGUUGCAGCUAAAAGGGCCUGUGCUGUGCAUCUGCAGAGAGUGUUUUGAGUCCUGCAAGAAGAAAUACACCAUAUUUGCAAACCCUUUGAAGAUUCAUAUUUUGUGUUUUUUACUCCCCGACCACCUCCUACUCCUCCCCACCCCCCGCCAAUCUUGGACAAGAAGCGAGACCAUUCUCCUUUUCAUCUAGUCACUCCUGUCCUUCAGGGGGCUCCCUCUGGCCCCGACUGUCCAUUGCUGCUGAAGUAAUGCUGUGGCCUUUCUCAGUUUGGGCCCCACCCAAAACCGAAGAACUUCUCCUCAGAAAGCUUCUACUUGGUUCCUAGUGUUUUCACAGUUAUGGGAACCCAAGAACAGUGUCAGACCUAGGAGGUGCCCCAUACCCACCCUGUCUUUAUCAAUGUUGUCACCAAAGCUGUCACAAACAAGGGGGUGUGGGCUGUCACAUGGCCCUGCCUAAGUAACCACAUUCUCGCUUCCUCCUUCCACACACAGCCAUUGGGGGUUGCUCGGAUCCGGGACUGCCGCAGGGGGUGCCACAGCAGUGCCUGGCAGCGUGGGCUGGGACCUCGUCACUAAAGCAGAGAAGCCACUUCUUCUGGGCCCACGAGGCAGCUGUCCCAUGCUCUGCUGAGCACAGUGGUGCCAUGCCUCUGCAACUCCUCCUGCUGCUGAUCCUACUGGGCCCUGGCAGCAGCUUGCAGCUGUGGGACACCUGGGCAGAUGAAGCCGAGAAAGCCUUGGGUCCCCUGCUUGCCCGGGACCGGAGACAGGCCACCGAAUAUGAGUACCGGGAUUAUGAUUUCCUGCCAGAAACGGAGCCUCCAGAAAUACUGAGCAACAGCACUGACACCACUCCUCUCACUGGGCCUGGAACCCCUGAGUCUACCACUGUGGAGCCUGCUGCAAGGCGUUCUACUGGCCUGGAUGCAGGAGGGGCAGUCACAGAGCUGACCACGGAGCUGGCCAACAUGGGGAACCUGUCCAUGGAUUCAGCAGCUAUGGAGGUACAGACCACUCAACCAGCAGCCACAGAGGCACAGACCACUCAACCAGUGGCCACAGAGGCACAGACCACUCCGCUGGCAGCCACAGAAGCACAGACAACUCGACUGGCGGCCACAGAGGCACAGACCACUCCACCGGCAGCCACAGAGGCACAGACCACUCCACCGGCAGCCACAGAGGCACAGACCACUCAACCCACAGCCACGGAGGCACAGACCACUCAACCCACAGCCACGGAGGCACAGACCACUCAACCCACAGCCACGGAGGCACAGACCACUCAACCCACAGCCACGGAGGCACAGACCACUCAACCCACAGCCACGGAGGCACAGACCACUCAACCCACAGCCACGGAGGCACAGACCACUCCACCAGCAACCAUGGAGGCACAGACCACUCCACCAGCAGCCACAGAGGCACAGACCACUCAACCCACAGCCACGGAGGCACAGACCACUGCACCAGCAGCCACGGAGGCACAGACCACUCCUCUGGCAACCACAGAGGCACAGACCACUCAACCCACAGCCACGGAGGCACAGACCACUCCACUGGCAGCCAUGGAGGCCCUGUCCACAGAACCCAAUGCCACAGAGGCCCCGUCCAUGGAACCUACUACCAAAAGGGGUCUGUUCAUACCCUUUUCUGUGUCCUCUGUUACUCACAAGGGCAUUCCCAUGGCAGCCAGCAAUUUGUCCAUCAACCACCCAGUGGGGGCCCCAGACCACAUGUCUGUGAAGCAGUGCCUGCUGGCCAUCCUAAUCUUGGCGCUGGUGGCCACUAUCUUCUUCGUGUGCACUGUGGUGCUGGCAGUCCGCCUCUCCCGCAAGGGCCACAUGUACCCCGUGCGUAAUUACUCCCCCACCGAGAUGGUCUGCAUCUCAUCCCUGUUGCCUGAUGGGGGUGAGGGGCCCUCCGCCACAGCCAAUGGGGGCCUAUCCAAGGCCAAGAGCCAGGGCCUGACGCCAGAGCCCAGGGAGGACCGUGAGGGGGAUGACCUCACCCUGCAGAGCUUCCUCCCUUAGCUCCCUCUGCCAUCUGUUUUGGCAAGACCCCACCUCCACGGUCUCUCCUGGGCCACCCCUGAGUGCCCAGACCUCAUUCCACAGCUCUGGGCUUCCUCGGAGACCCCUGGGGAUGGGGAUCUUCAGGGAAGGAACUCUGGCCACCCAAACAGGACAAGAGCAGCCUGGGGCCAAGCAGACUGGCAAGUAGAGCCACCUCUUUCCUCCCUCCUCGGAUGAAGCCCAGCCACAUCCCAGCCACAUUUCAGCCGAGGUCCAGGGCAGGAGGCCAUUUACUUGAGACAGAUUCUCUCCUUUUUCCUGUCCCCCAUCUUCUCUGGGUCCCUCUAACGUCUCCCAUGGCUCUCCCCGCUUCUUCUGGUCACUGGAGUUUCCUCCCCACGUACCCAAGGAAGAUGGAGUUCCCCCAUCCCACACGCACUGCCAUUGUCUUUUGGUUGCCAUGGUCACCAAACAGGAAGUGGACAUUCUAAGGGAGGAGUACUGAAGAGUAACGGACUUCUGAGGCUGUUUCCUGCUGCUCCUCCGACUCGGGGCAGCUUGGGUCUUCUUGGACACCUCUCUGGGAAAACCCAGGGUGAGGCUCAGCCUGUGAGGGCUGGGAUGGGUUUCGCGGGCCCAAGGGCAGACCUUUCUUUGGGACUGUGUGGAACAAGGAGCUUCCAUCUAUUGACAAGGGACAAAACUGCCCAGCCGUCGUCUCUUGCCUUCCCCUGUGGCCAGUUUCCAGGGUGGGCUCUGUCUUGUUCACUGCAGUAUCCCAACCGCAGGUCCAGUGCAGGCAAUAAAUGUGUGAUGGACAAACGA